AUGCCGGGCGCCGGUACUUUCAAAAUCUUCGUCGGGAAUCUGUCCGAUAAAACUACAGAUGCCGAUCUAAGACCGCUGUUCGAAAAAUACGGUACGGUCGUAGAAUGCGAUAUCGUCAGAAAUUACGGUUUCGUACACAUGGAAAACGAGCAAGUCGGCCGCGAAGCCAUUCAAAAUAUUAACGGAGAACUAAUUCACGGGCAAGCGAUUAAAAUAGAAGCGGCCAAGAGUCGGAAGGCACCGUCGACGCCGACAACUAAAAUCUUCGUCGGUAAUCUCACGGACAAGACGCGCGCGCCCGAAGUCCGCGAGCUGUUUCAGAAGUUCGGCACGGUCGUCGAGUGCGAUAUCGUUCGUAACUACGGCUUCGUGCACUUGGACGCGUCGGGUGACGUGAACGAAGCCAUCAAAGAGCUGAACGGCAUGAUGGUAGACGGGCAGCCCAUGAAGGUGCAGCUGUCAACGAGUCGUGUGCGUCAGCGCCCGGGCAUGGGCGACCCCGAGCAGUGCUACCGCUGCGGUCGCGGCGGACAUUGGUCCAAGGAGUGCCCCAAGGCGCUGGGCCCCGACCGCAAUGGUUUCCGCGAUCGAGCAUUCGGCCGCGAUCCCUACCCUCCACCACCGCCGCCGCCGUUCCUUCGCGAUCGCAUGAUGGGAGGAUUUGGGGAUCCUUAUGAUGGCUACUAUGACAGAGCCAGAUUUGACUCUCCAAGGGAUCUGUUUGAGCGUCGUUACCCUGUUGGAAGUUCCAGGGGACUAGACAUGGGUGCAUCUCGUGCCAGAGGGGACUUUGUAUCACCACCGCUACGACGUGAACCCAUGCCACCUAUGCCUAGUCUGCCACCAAUGAGCAGAACAAUGGGAUCCAUGAGAUCAUCAUAUGAUACCAUGUAUAGCCGAAGAAGUCCACCUAGAGGGCCACAAAUGUCCAGAGGAUUAUAUGAAGAUUUCAGCAGAGAUACCUUUGAUGAUAGGAGGCCUGGGCUAAGAGGACCUUCACCUUCGAGACGUUACGCGCCAUACUGA